AGAGAGAGAGAGAGAGAGAGAGAGAUGGAGUGGAGGUCAUGUUAUUUGGACAUGGUUUUGGUGCCACUAGGCUUUCUGAUGACCAUAGCUUAUCAUUGCUGGCUAUGGCAUAAGGUUCGGACUCAGCCCCUCUCUACCAUCAUCGGAACCAAUGCCAGCGGACGUCGCUACUGGGUCUCUGCCAUGAUGAAGGACAACGACAAAAAGAACAUCCUGGCAGUCCAAACGCUACGAAACACCAUAAUGGGAUCGACCCUAAUGGCCACAACGUCCAUCCUGCUAUGUGCUGGUCUAGCAGCCGUCAUCAGCAGCACUUACAGCGUCAAAAGGCCGCUGAACGAUUCCAUAUUAGGUGCUCACGGGGAAUUCAUGGUGGCUCUCAAGUAUGUCACCAUCUUAUGCAUUUUCCUCUUCUCCUUUUUUUGCCACUCUGUAUCCAUCAGGUUCAUAAACCAAGUGAACAUCCUUAUCAACACCCCCCAAGACCCCACGUCGGUAGUCACUCCUGACUACGUGUCGGAGCUGUUGGAAAGGGGGUUCCUCUUGAACACUGUCGGCAACAGACUCUUCUAUGCUGCACUUCCUCUCCUGCUAUGGAUCUUUGGCCCGGUGCUUGUUUUCCUGUGCUCCCUCACUAUGGUCCCUGUGCUUUACAACCUUGACUUUGUAUUUGGCUUUAGCAAGCAGGGGAAAGUUGAACAAUUGAAUGGAUGUAGGGACUGUGAACCAGUGUAAUAUAUUAUAGCAGUAAAUAUUCUAGCUAAUAAUAAUUCUGUGUCGUGUGUAAAAAACGCUGUUAAUUAGUGAUUAAUGUUAGUGUCCAAUGAAUAAUAUGGUCACUCGUUAAUCAUCUAUUGAUCCACGCAUGGCCAGCGUAGCUGCAACUCCAAUCGUUUUCGGUCCCAAAAAGCGAAGUGUUCAGAAUUUGAGUAAUUCAGUUUCAAGUUUCAACCCGCACCAAAGCCUAAUUAAUUCACAGCCACCAAUCACCAUUAAUUUAUUAUACUGUACUACUAACAUCAAAUAGCUCCGAUGACCCAAGUCCAAAUUCCUUUCACGAAAAAGGCCAUGCUCUUUUGCACCAUGCAGUACUAAAAUUAACGGGAUCAUGCUUAACUGAUU